UCGGCGUAUCACAUCGCAAUUGCAAACUGCAGUUGCGGCUCAGGUUCCCUAUCGAACCGGAGGCAGAGGCGGAAGAGGCGUUGCGGUUUGGUCUUCCUCCGCACAGAUUGUUCUCCGCAGCUUUGUCAGGCUUGGAGUAUCACCAGCUCAUCUUCUUCUUCUUUUUUGCUGUUAGGGGGAGUGCUGGGAUUGUUGCAGGACUACUGCAGAAGACGAAAUAGCUUCUUCCGGUAGUUUGUGUUUAAGUUAGAAAAAGAUGGUUGUCAGAAUCCGUCUUGCCAGGUUUGGCUGUAAGAACAGGCCUUUCUAUCGAAUUGUGGCUGCAGACAGUCGCUUUAAGAGAGAUGGGAGACAUCUUGAAAUUUUGGGCUAUUACAACCCUUUGCCAGGGCAAGAUGGUGGAAAGAGGAUGGGAGUGAAUUUUGACAAAGUGAAGUAUUGGUUAUCCGUUGGUGCACAACCUUCAGACCCAGUCCAAAGAAUACUCUUUCGAGUGGGGAUCCUACCACCACCAGCAAUGCUUGCUAUGGCUCGUAAAGGAGGGCCGCGUGAUACCCGACCCAUUGAUCCAAUGAGCGGCCGAUAUCUCACUCCUGAAGAUUCUGAAACAAUUCAACCAGAUGACAGUGACACUGAAGAGAAUGAGUCGGCGGAUAAGGGAAAUGCAUAAUUGUUUGUCAGCGAAGAUGAAGAUAAUGCUAGUGCCCCAUCGGAAUGCUUUCAGAAGCCCCAUGCCGUCUCACCUUUCUUGAAGCACAGAUGCAACAAGGCUCGAAAGCCAAAACAUAGAUCAAUUCCUUUCUUGAUAGCUUAUUCAUGCAACAGUGACAUGUUUGUGUGCUUUUGCUACAAACCUACAAACUACCUUUUGCUUUUGAUCAUGCAAUCCUACAUGCAAUAUUAUGUUUCUUGAUGCUCAA